GCUGCCAACACCCCGAUCCUGCUGCAGAGCCUCCACCCUCGCCAGCCUUCCUCCUCCUCGUCCUCCUCCUCCCGCUGCCCUCGAGGGCCUGCGAGCAGCCAGCUGAGCUCUGCCGUGCAGCCAGCAGGAGCCUGGUGCUGACGGGCCCAUCUGCCCCUGUCCUGCAGCCCCAUGGCUGGGAACGAGGAGAUGGCAUCCCUGGAGGAAAGCUUCCGCAAAUUCGCCAUCUACGGCGACACCAAGGCAACGGGGCAGGAGAUGAACGGGAAGAACUGGGCUAAGCUGUGCAAAGACUGCAAAGUCACCGACGGCAAAAGCGUCACCAGCACCGACGUGGACAUUGUCUUCUCCAAGGUGAAAGGGAAGACAGCACGUGUCAUCAACUACGAGGAGUUCAAGAAGGCUCUGGAGGAGCUGGCCCCCAAGAGGUUUAAGGACAAGAGCAAAGAGGAGGCGUAUGAAGCCAUCUGCCAGCUGGUGGCAGGGAAGGAGCCCAUUAACGUGGGCGUCACGAAAGCCAAGACAGUGGGAGCCGUGGAGAGGCUGACGGACACCUCCAAGUACACGGGCUCGCACAAGGAGCGCUUCGACGAGAGCGGCAAGGGCAAGGGCAAGAGCGGGCGGGAGAACAUCGUGGACACCAGCGGCUACGUCAGUGCCUACAAGAACGCGGGCACCUACGACGCCAAAGUCAAAAAGUAGUGCCGGGUGCCGGUGGCGCCAGCGGCCCGGUCCCUGCGCGCCGGCCGUGGCUCGGUGCUCGGCCCUGGGACGUGCCCGUGAGCGGGGCCCGGGGGCUGCUCUGGGGCCAGGGAUGCUGCCGGGAUGUCCGCCCAGCGCUGGGGGGAUUGGGGAGGUGCGUCCGUCCCACCCUGCGCCGUGAUCCCCCCGCCCCUCCUGUGUCCCCCGUGCUGUCACCCCCAGCCCCACACCGUACUAACAGCACUGCUCCUCAGGGCUCCCCUGCCCCGCCGGCACCCAGACCUUCCCUACCUCAGCCCCGGCUUUCGGGGCACCCUCUCCUGUCCCCCCGGGGCCCGCAGCCUGUCCUCCCCUCCCGGGGACCUGCCUUAACCCCGCAGCAGUCACACCAGAGCCGCCUCCUUCCUUCCCCCCGUGCGCUCCCCCGACUCCGCCGCUUGCCCAGCGCUGCGGUGCCGCUCGUGCCGGAGCUGCCGCGGCGCUCCUGCCCAGCCCCGGCAGAGUUUGGUGUUGCCUGGCCAUCGGCAAAGGUCUCCGACCUGAGUCCCCGUGGCCUCCCGCUGCCUUCGUGAAGCCCAAACCAAAGGAUGCUGCAGACCCACGCUGUAACCCGGCUCUGCAAUAAACCCCGUCCGCACUGA